AUGAGCAAUACGACUCCAAAACUGCCGGGGUCGCUGGUCAACACACUCGCCACGCACAGCGGCCCCAUCAACGCCAUUACCUUCUCCUCGCUAGGCGGGACAUACAUCCUGACAGGAUCCUCCGACCGACAAAUCCACCUAUCUCGCGCGGAGCCUGCAAGCAGUACCUCUACCUCCCAAAGGGCAACGGCAACGACAACCACUACAAAUACCACUCCUAUUCAAAAAUACGUUGCGCACGGGUACCCAGUUCUCGACAUUGCAGUUGCGCAAGACAACGAAACAUUCGCCAGCGUCGGGGGUGACCGGUCGGUAUUUCUAUGGGCAGUCCAGAACACCGAGGGUGGCACACUGCGACGUUUCGGGAACAACACGAGCCAAGGGCACACGAGCCGGAUCAACUGCGUCGUCUUUACUGGCCAAGGAGACUCGGUGCUGGCCAGCGGCAGCGACGACACAUCGGUGCGACUAUGGGACGUAAAGAGCCGCGACCCGAAACCGCUGAUGGUGCUGGAUGAGGCGAAAGAUGGCAUUUCGAGCAUUGUUGUUCCAGAGACGAGAUACGAAUUAGUCACGGCCAGCGUCGACGGCCGGGUCCGCACCUACGAUAUCCGCAUGGGCAGAAUCACUGUUGAUGUUCUCCCGGGUCCUGUCACCAGCUUGGAUCUUUCGAGCGAUGCCAGGACUUUGUUGGUCGGUUGUCUCGAUGGCCGUAUUAGAGUCAUGGAUCGAGCUGAUGGAACUUGUCUCCGCGCUUUUCCACCUGAGAAAAAUUCAGAUGGAUAUAAGAAUGAUAGUUUGCGACUAAAGAGUUGUUUUGCCCAAAACGAUAGCUUGGUCCUCAGUGGUAGUGAGGCUGAUGGCGCCGUCCGCGCCUGGGAUUUGUUGUCUGGGAAAACUGUGGGCCAAGCCGUACUAAGUCCGGCUGGCAAGGUCGUCAGUGUCGUCAAGUGGAGACCGGGGAGUCAGGCCCAGGCUAGACAGGGUCUUUGGGCUGGAGGCGGCGUCGAUGGCGUCGUCAAAAUAUAUGGUUCUGGAUGA